GUCGGAGAGCCUCUGUCCCUCUGAUAGAUGUCUCGCCUGGCUUAUCUCCAUCCCCCCUUGUCUCUUCCCCAGUCCAUGCUGCGACCCUAUCGCCCCUGGGCGUCGCAUCAUGGCGGCUGUCAACCGGAACAUGUUUGAAGCCAGCGUCACCACCGAUCGCCCCCAGGGCGCUCCGCUAAUGAUCCUACCACUCAACUUAAUCGCGGUCAUCGUCUCUUACGUAGAUGAUCCCGGCGAUCUCGCCCGUCUCUGUCGAGCAUGCCGCGUUCUCAACUACAUGGCUCUCCCCCAACUCUACAAACACAUCACCUUGACCUCCUAUGACAAAAUUCGAUAUCGCGACGAUGAACCCGAGGGUAUGGGUAGCGCCAGCCCUUUUUCCAUGGGUCUGAAUGCUAUCAUCACCCGUCCCUAUGCUACGCUCGUUCGAUCGCUUACGCUUCGAGGCAACUGGCGGGAGCUCGAGCUCGAGGAACAUGCGCGCGUGGGUCGCGUGCCGGACUCGUCGAUGAUGCUGAACAUUGCGGUGCGUGCAGCGGUCGAUCGGAUGACGGAACUGGAAAGCUUUAGCUGGGAACUCAAUACCAAAAUGCUGGAAACUGUCUAUCUUGGGCUGGCGCAGCUGCCUAAGCUGACGGCCUUGACUAUUCGCUUUCCUUCGAGUCGACAUCCCCGCCCAACCAUCGUGAUUCCACCCAUGCCACAUCUGCGGUAUCUAAAGGUUACCGACAUUGAUCCGCUUUGCUAUCCAGAUGACAUCUCCACUCUGGUGUUCAAGUGUCGCAAGCUACGCGAGCUCAACAUGCAUUGGUCUCCCCGCAUGCGCAAUGCGCAGGAGCCUAGUGUCAUGGUUCACGAUUACUUCCGCAAAUGCAUCGCCGCGAAACAACCCCUUUCAAUCAAGAAGAUUGGCCUACAGAACCUGUACGCUUUGCACACGGAGGAUUUCGGUCUCGCAGUGAAUAGUACCACUAUAGAAGACGUGACCAUCCUCCAGCACGGUGGCGCGGAUCUUUCGAUGAACACUUUCGUGGAUAGCACCUGGCCCACAAUGCCGGCUCAUCCCAUUCGUAUUAAAUCGAUUCGGCAGGAUGCCGUGAGCAAGAGACAUGCGCAAUUCCUAAACCAAUUUACCGGUCUGGAACGGUUAUACUUCGUCAACGCCACUCAUAAUCCCAACGAUGAUAUCAACUCCCCUCGACCUCUGACUUCUGCUGCCGCACUCUCUCCCCCUUCGUCUGACACCUCUCAACCCGCUACUAAUGGUACUUCCACCAGUUGCUCUGCCGCUGCAACUAACUCCCCCGGUUUGCAAACAAGCGUCCGGGACGUAUACCUAAACAACAUCACUCUGAAUCAUGCAGCCACCUUACGACAUCUACUACUCCCCGCUCGCUGGCCCCUAUCUGCACCCACGGUCGCGCGCCUUGUCCACGCCAGUCCGCAGUUGGAGCAGCUUGGCUUCGCCACAGAAUUCUCCGGCCUGGAAGCAUUGGGGCUUCUUCUUCCAUUCCUCCGAAAUCUAAAGGCCUUGCGUCUCCUCAUUCCCACCUGUACCUCACCAUCCGAGACGGCUCGUACUGGGCCGCCCCCUAAGACAUUUAAAUACUUCUCUCCGUCUGCCAAUGCACUCACCGCCGCCCGGACGCUCUCCGACAUUGUGGAAGCCGACGACGACACCUUGAUCGCGAUGCUUAGCGAAUCUCUUGCAGACCAGCAAAUCUUCCACCGGCUGAAGGUCAUUGGACUGGGCCGCAAGGGCUUCCAACUAGGAGACUACUACACCGUGCCAGCCAAGCAGGCCGUAAACCACGGACACGUCCAGCUACAGACACCCACGGGCUCCCGCGCCACCAGCGCAGAAGCCAACGUAGGCUACGACAAGAGCCCACCAGCCGAGAGACCCUCCCCAACAGCCAACGACCAUAAUGCAAUGGUGCCCUCGCAGCGAAACGGACAUGUCCCACCUUCCGUACUAGGCAAACGGACACGAGAAGAAGACACCCCCACCACAGAACCAGGAGAAGCCAACCAGCCGGCAGACGAGCAAGCACCCGACCCAGGCAUGAACCCGUGCCUUCCGCAAGUCGUUCAUCGCGACGGUCGCUACUGGCGACGGCGUGUCCGACGCGUUGGCUGGGAAGUGCUGCAGCAUUGGGAGAUCUGGGGACUGGACAAACAGGAGUUAUGAAUUUGGCGUAACGGUGUCGAUAAAUACAAUACCCCCUGGGAAUCAUCGCGAUUCUUCCUUUUUCAUGAACAAUAUUUGAAUUUAAUUGGGCGACUUGCGACAUUUGUCGGAGUUUCCUACUGGGAUUAUAUAUAGCAUGCAUGCAUGCCCUUCUAACCGUAGGGUUAGGAUGAGCAUCAACUUGAGCUGAUGCUCGGUUAGUAGAUAUUAUACCAUAACAUAGCAAUAUGAGCAACGAUAAC